UUUUGGAUUGUCAACACCUUCUCCAGUUGGUGUUUCUACCACUUUGAGAGAUGCAGCUGCCAAAGUUCUGCCUCCCGAUGAGGUUUCAGUUGAGACUCCUUCAGAAACUAUUACUGACAAGAUUGAAGACACUGAAGUAAGUUUCAAUAAUGAAAUAAAGAAAGAGGAAGAGAAACUGGCGAGACUGGCACAUGAACAGGUGGUUGAGUUCAGCAUUCUUCUUCCUGAAGAGAAAUACAGCAUCGAACUCAGCGACCCUUUCACUGAAGAGUACCAGCAACUCUCACAGCUAUUCAUUUCUGAAAUUCAAAAUUCAUAUGAAGGAUUGCCUGGAUACAAGAACAUCCAUGUUACUGAAUUCAGAUCUCCUGAGGAUGACAGCGGCGUGGAAGUUCUAUACUCUGUGUUUUUUGAUGGGGAAGCCAUCAGCAAUGCCACCUGGGACCUGAUUAACCUUCAGUCCAACAAAGUGGAAGACAAUGCCUUUAUGGAAAUUGAGGAUAACCCAACUGUUGUUUACACUGUCAGUGACUUUAGACACUAUAUUGCGGAAAUCCUUCAUAAGAACGCUUUACUGGAUAAUGCCUCGCUGAUCCUGGAUCCUGACUCUCUCCAACUUAUCAGUGUAAAAGAAGUAAUUUCUACAACAACUGAGGAACCAUCUUUGACGACCACAAAGCCCACUGGUGAUGAUCGUGUUGUAAUAUCUGAAUGGCCAUCGGCAGAUGAGUCAACUGUAAGCAACAUCUUGCCACUUGAUUUUACCAGACCGGGUUUUGUCUUUGAUAUUGAACAGUUCAGUGACAAUGAAAUCUGGUUAAGACCUGAUGGCUUUCCAAGCCCUGAAAGCAACAUCAGUUCAACAGCAAAAGUGCUUGAGGAUACUAAGAAGCCAGAGGAUUUACCUCUGAGUCCUACUCCUCACCUUGUGCCAAAAGAAAUCCCUUCUACAAGCGAGUCUCUGAUUCCUCUCACUCCAAUACCAUCAGCCACAGAACCUGAGGAAGUGAUUACAAGUUAUGUAGAAGAGGGCAUUCUGCAACCUGACAUAUAUACAGAUGCAUAUGACUCUAGCUCAGGGCAGGAACCACAAUCAAGUGCAUGGCCUUGGGAUAAAGCUACAUUGGAGCCAGAGGGAUCAGGUGUAUAUGAUUAUAAGGAUGUAUGGGUUUCCUAUACAUCUGAGACCGUACCAAUGGAAGUCAUUUCCCUGUCACCUUUUGAGUCCUCCAUAGAAAGCGUUCUUGCAACAUCUACUGAGAUGUUCAGCAUAACACCACUGGAGGAUUUCACUGAGGACCAUCAAAUCACCUCUAAACCAACAGGAAGCCAAACCCCCAAAGCAACAGAGCAGUCAUCAACACACUAUCCACUUGAGCCUGUUACAACAAGAGAGCCCAAGAUCACCUCUCUGUGGACCAGACCUGUGAAACCAGAAGUAAUUUUAACAGUGACUCCUGUGGAACAUCCAGUGACUGAUGCUUUUCCUGUGGAAGAGCCUGAUUUAGAGUCAGUAUCCCAAGAGGCCUUUAGAACAGUUGUUCUGAAAUCUACUGUUAUUCCUCCUGCUGAUAGUGCCACUCAUAAAGCCACAGAGGAAGUUACAAGUUUUGAAGUUUUUACCAUAGUUCCUGGUUCAGAGGAUUUCACUGGAGUGGUCAGCACUUAUAUUCCUCCUAGUACAGUGAGCUCUGCUAUUGAUGUCCUCUCUGACAUGCCUGCUGCACAGCCAACAGAAUUCCACACAGCAGUGAUCCCAACCAAAUUGGAAGAAGACUUGGUAACAAAAGAACACGAAGUAACAGACCAAGACUAUUUAGGCACAAUAUAUUAUUCCCCUGAAAUGAAGGAAGGAAGAAGGAUGACUGACAGUCACAUGGAGCUGUCUACAAGUGCCCGUUCCACAGAGAUGGCCAGUGUAGCUUGGGCUACUCAUGAAGAUCACAGUGCUACUGUCCCUGCACGAGCUUUAGUGGUAUUCUUUAGCCUUCGAGUUACCAAUAUGAUGUUUUCAGAGGACUUGUUUAAUAAAAAUUCCCCUGAAUAUAAAGCCCUGGAACAACGGUUCUUAGAACUGCUGGUUCCUUAUCUACAGUCCAAUUUAACGGGCUUCCAGAAUCUGGAAAUUCUGAACUUCAGAAAUGGCAGCAUUGUGGUGAACAGUCGAAUGAAGUUCAUGAGACCUGUACCUCGCAAUGUCACUAAUGCUGUGUACAUGAUUCUGGAGGACUUUUGCAACACUGCGUACCAGACCAUGAACCUGGCCAUUGACAAGUACUCCCUUGAUGUGGAAUCAGGAGAUCAAGCUGAUCCUUGCAAGUUCCAGGCAUGCAAUGAGUUUUCUGAAUGCUUAGUGAACCAGUGGAGCGGGGAAGCUGAGUGUGUCUGUUAUCCUGGCUAUCUAAGCAUUGAUGGAUUGCCUUGUAUUAGCAUUUGUGAUCUCCAGCCUGACUUUUGUCAAAAUGAUGGGAAAUGUGACAUAAUCCCAGGGCAAGGGGCAAUAUGUAGAUGCCGUGUAGGUGAGAACUGGUGGUACAGAGGAGAGCACUGUGAAGAGUAUGUCUCGGAACCACUUGUUGUGGGUAUUGCAAUUGCUUCCGUAGCUGGCUUUCUUCUCGUAGCAUCUGCUGUUAUUUUCUUCCUGGCCAGGACCCUUCGAGAUCAGUAUACAAAGAGUGAAAUGGAGGACACGUUAGGGAAUGGGGAUUCAAGGCAAGGGGACAGCCUCUCAUCCAUCGAAAAUGCAGUGAAAUACAACCCAAUGUAUGAGAGUGAUGCUACAGGAAACAAUCCGUACUGUAAGAGAUAUCCACAGCUUACUUCUUACAGCUCUACCAGUAAUGAGACAUCCACUGAGUACAGCAGUGAGGAGAUCAGGCACAUUUAUGAAAACAGUGAGCUCACUAAACAGGAGAUCCAAGACAGAAUACGGAUUCUAGAACUAUAUGCCAAAGACCGGCAGUUUGCAGAAUUUGUAAGACAGCAUCAAAUAAAGUUAACAGGAAUUAUCCAAACUAUCACUUAUCAAGAACGAUCUGAAGACACAUCUUCACUGAGACUCAAUGAAGAGUGUAAUGUUAUAGAUCUGCUUGCUUAUACUGAAGAAAUUGAGAUGGGUAUUCUGAAAGAUGGUAAACAUUGUCUGGAACAGAACAGUCAUGUCAGGCAUCCUAGUUCUUUUCUUCGGCAGCAGAAAUGGAGGCUUUUGUCUGAAGUGAACACCUAUCCUAGGCAAGUAAAUUAA